GCGAAACCCGGGCAUUAUCAUAUGUUUUAUGUGAUGUUCAAGAUUACGAUCUUAAGCUUCUAGACAAUGUCUUCACGAUUGCAGUUCAUCUCCUUAUUAUUCUUUAUGUCUUUUUUCCUGUUGUAUGUUUUUCAUUUUCUGUCCAGCAAAUCCCCUUCUUGUUACACCUCCACUUUUAAAGCAAGACGUGUCCAUGUCCUCCUUCUCUCUUCUUGGAGAUCUGGCUCUUCAUUUCUUGGACAGAUCUUCAAUCACCACAAUGAUGUCUUCUACAUUUAUGAACCUGGUCAUGCCGUAUGGAUGAAGUUGCAGGGAGAGAGUUCCGAACUUCUACACUAUCCACUGAGAGAUGUCCUGCAUUCUCUCUUCAACUGUGAUGUGACACCCUUCCGCCAUUACCUUCCAAAGGAAGGAAAGUACAUUAAUGAUAUGAGGUUUUUUGCAGAAAGUCAAGCUCUUUGUAUCCCCCCAGCUUGCUCAUCUUUUAUACCAUCUGAGGGCUAUGAUAGGAGAAAAUGUCUUCACCGCUGUGUAAACAAUUCUAUGGAUAGAGCAGAAGAAGCCUGUCGGAUGUAUUCUCAUGUGGUGAUGAAAACAGUAAGAGUCCUGGAUCUUUCCACCAUUUUUCCUCUUUUAGAGGACCCUUAUCUCAAUUUCCGAAUUAUCCAUCUGGUGAGGGACCCCCGAGCAGUUGCCUUAUCAAGGAAGGGAUUUCCACUUAUCACCGACGACCAUAUUUUACUUAAUAACGAAGGUUUUUCCAAGGACAAAAAUUAUACAAUAAGCAAUGUCAUGGCCAAGACUUGUAAAGCUCAGGUUGACAUUACUAGACUGGCCAGAACAUCUAAAUCCUUGAAUGGUCGCUAUAUGGUCAUCCGUCAUGAAGAUCUGGCAAAAAACCCAGUUGAAAGUGUAAGAAAAAUGUUUGAUUUUGCUGAGCUUGAACUAACAGAACACACGAGACAAUGGAUUUAUAACAUCACCCAUGUAGAGGUUCAGGAGGGGAGUGAUUUAUUAACCUUCUCAAGAGUGUCCUCAAAGGUUAUCGAGAAAUGGAGAACUGAUGCCGAUUUCAAUUUUGUUCACCAAAUUCAACUUGUGUGCAAGGGAGCUAUGAGAGAGUUCGGUUAUUUUCCGGUAAGAUCCAGGAAGGCUCAGCUAAAUAAGUCUGUAGCGGUAAUAAUGGGAAACUGGUCUCAGACUGAGCAAGUAAAGUCACCAGUAAAGAUAAGAUAAAAAUUUAGCUUAAGAACCUAAAUAAUAUUAUACAAAAAGACUACAAAAUAUUACAUUUAUGUAUGUAACAUAUAAGAUUAUUACCAUGUCAGAGGUGCAAACUAUAAAGUCUCGUUACAUAUUUUAUUACAUUUUGUCCUGUAAACUUUGUAACCUAACAACGCUUUGAACUAAUCUCAACCACACAUUGUGGAAAUUUUCCUCGCAGAAAUUCAACUGCAGAGGGAUCUUCAAAUCCACAGAACAUCAAUUUAUGUUGUGGACAAGUCGCUAAUUUGUUGCAGAUUUUUAUACUGUGUUCAAUGCGGAAGUCAAAAUUCACUUACAAAAUCCAGUUGUUGGGAGUUUUGCUACAUAUUUAUCGUCUUUAUGUCCAUGUGCAGUACUAUGAAGUAUGUAAAAGGAGUGUCUUUGUGAAACUACACU